AGCUGUGAGACUUAUAUAGUGACUGUGAUUUAAAACGUUUCUGUAAUUUUUAUGUUUAAAAUUUAAUUAGUGUUAUUUUACUAAUGGGAACAAACCUUUGCUAAAAAGUUGUGUUGUUUUUAAAGAGUGAUGCUAUAACUGUUUUUCAGUUCAUUAUUUCAACUGUCAUUUAAUCGUUUAGUGCUUCUUGAGGCACAGUACGUUUUUGUUAAAUAAGAUUGUAACCGAGUUGCAUGUUUAUUGCUAGUGUGUUAAACAUGUCUGAUUCAGAGGAAGAUACCUGUGUCAUUUGUUCCAAUGCCAAGGUGGAGCCCAAUAGAAAUUUAUGUACUAACUGUAUUGAUGCUACUUUAAAUAAAAGCCAAUCUGUACAAAUUGAACAAAUUUCACCAAACAGCGAGGGGAGAGUUAUGCCGACUAACUCGCCUCACGUGUCAGUACCUGCAUUUCCCGCCCGGGAGGUGCGUGAUAUUAUGGCGCCUAGUACAUCUGGGCAGCCAUUACAGAUAACAUUACAAGAUAUGGCUACUGUUAUGACUGAAGUUUUGGCUAAAUUACCAGAACUAAGAGGCAAGCGUGAUCACUCUGGGGUGAGAACAGAGUGCGCUGAUAAUUCUAGGGCCAUGUCUGAUACUGCGUCACAGCUUGCAGAGCAUGAGGACGGAGAGCUUCAUUCUGUAGGUGACGGUUCUGAUCCAAGCAGAUUGGAUUCAGAUAUUUCAAAUUUUAAAUUUAAAUUGGAAAACCUCCGUGUAUUACUAGGGGAGGUCUUAGCGGCUCUUAACGAUUGUAACACCGUUGCAAUACCAGAGAAAAUGUGUAGGUUGGAUAAAUACUUUGCGGUACCGGCGAGUACUGACGUUUUUCCUAUACCUAAGAGAUUAACUGAAAUUGUUACUAAGGAGUGGGAUAGACCCGGUGUGCCGUUCUCACCCCCUCCAAUAUUUAGAAAGAUGUUUCCAAUAGACGCCACCACACGGGACUUAUGGCAAACGGUCCCUAAGGUGGAGGGAGCAGUUUCUACUUUAGCUAAGCGCACCACUAUCCCGGUGGAGGAUAGCUGUGCUUUUUCAGAUCCUAUGGAUAAAAAAUUAGAGGGUUACCUUAAGAAAAUGUUUGUUCAACAAGGUUUUAUAUUGCAACCCCUUGCAUGCAUCGCGCCGAUUACGGCUGCGGCAGCAUUUUGGAUUGAGUCUCUGGAAGAGAACCUUAGUUCAGCUACGCUGGACGACAUUACGGACAGGCUUAGAGUCCUUAAACUAGCUAAUUCAUUUAUUUCGGAGGCCGUAGUACAUUUAACCAAACUUACGGCUAAGAAUUCAGGAUUCGCCAUUCAGGCACGUAGGGCGCUGUGGCUAAAAUCCUGGUCGGCUGAUGUAACUUCUAAGUCCAAAUUACUUAAUAUACCUUUCAAGGGGCAAACCUUAUUUGGGCCCGGUUUGAAAGAAAUUAUUGCUGACAUUACAGGAGGUAAGGGCCACGCUCUACCUCAAGACAAAGCCAAAGCUAAGGCUAGACAGUCUAAUUUUCGUCCCUUUCGGAAUUUCAAAACAGGAACAGCAUCAACUUCCACUGCACCAAAACAGGAAGGAGCUGUUGCUCGUUACAGACAAGGCUGGAAACCUAACCAGUCCUGGAAUAAGGGCAAGCAGGCCAGGAAACCUGCUGCUGCCCCUAAGACAGCAUGAACCGAGGGCCCCCGAUCCGGGACCGGAUCUAGUGGGGGGCAGACUCUCUCUCUUCGCCCAGGCUUGGGCAAGAGAUGUCCAGGAUCCCUGGGCGCUAGAGAUCAUAUCUCAGGGAUACCUUCUAGACUUCAAAUUCUCUCCCCCAAGAGGGAGAUUUCAUCUGUCAAGGUUGUCAACAAACCAAAUAAAGAAAGACGCGGUUUUACUCAAACCUGUUUGUGGUUCCCAAAAAAGAGGGAACUUUCAGGCCAAUCUUGGAUUUAAAGAUCCUAAACAAAUUCCUAAGAAUUCCAUCGUUCAAAAUGGAAACUAUUCGGACAA